GCAUCAAGUACACAUUGAACUGAAGACUGAACAACACAAAUUUUGUGGAACGUAAAACUGUAUAAAAUUCAAAAGGCAAUUUCAAAAUGUUAAUUUUAAUAGGCAUUUUAGUGUCAUUGCAAACGGUUCGCGGUUUCCUGGUCACAGUCGAUGCCCAUGAUACGCUUUGUUUCUUUGAUCGCGCACAGGAGCGGGACCGGAUCACGAUCAGCUUUGAGGUGAUGGAGGGCGGCUUCAAGGACAUUGCCGUCGACAUUUCAGCAGCCGAUGCUGAGAAGCUCUACCACUCCGAGGCCGAGACGAGUGGCAAGUAUACAUUUGCGGCUAACAAGGAUGGCCAAUACACACUGUGCUUCGACAACUCGAAGUCAACGCUGACUCCGAAGGUCUUGAUGUUUCACUUCAUCGUGGUCAAAGACCACGGCUACUACACUGACCCACAUAAGCGCGCCGACGACGUUAUCGAGCAGGCGGCGCUGCAGGAGAACAUCAACGAGCUGUCCAGCCAAAUGAUUGCCAUGAAGCACGAGCAGGAGUACAUGCAUGUGCGCUACAAGGGACACCUGGAGAUCAGCGACAGCGUGCACUUCCGCCUGGUGGCCUGGUCUGUCUUCGGGCCCUCGCUGCUGCUGACCCUCACCAUCGUCGAGAUUUACUAUCUGAAGCGCUUCUUUGAGGUGAAGCGCGUGGUUUAAAUAUGAUUGUGGUUUUUGUUUUUGUAAUAAAUAAUCAGAGAAUA